AUGACAUUCAAUCGUGGCAAGAGCUGUCGUCAUUUCAACUACAGUAUCAAUGGCAAGCAGCUUGAAAGAGUGUUCAGGAUGCGUGAUCUUGGUGUUAUUCUAAACUCUUCCCUAAGUUACAAUGACCAUAUUUUGAACGUCUCUUCUAGAGCCAAUGCUCUCAUCGGUUUCAUUGUAAGAUCUACUAGAGACUUUAGAUCCCCAAUCACCAUGGUCAAUCUAUACAAGACCCUAGUACGCCCUGUUUUGGAAUACGGUUCUGUAAUUUGGUCACCCUAUCAAAUUGGACACAAUGAGAUGCUGAACAGGGUUCAGGUACGUUUUGUGCGUCUCCUCGGAAUACGACUUGGAUAUACCUUUCUGGGCACUCCAGUGGCUGAAGUGGAGAACAUGUUUGGCUUGCAGUCCCUCUCUCUCCGAAAGAAGUUCCUCGACGUUGUGUUUUUGAACAAAAUCGUGAGUGGUGUGCUGGAUUGCCCGGUCAUCUUAAGCUACAUCGACAUCUCCAUCCCAAUAGGUACUAGAUCGAAGACAAUCUUCCAGAGAAAAUCCAUGCUCUCAUACUAUGCGUAUAACUCGUCAGUCCAAAGACUCCUCCGCUGUGGCAGUGACGUUGCUCCACUGAUUGAAUUCUUCAUGAGGCCAACUGGAUUUAGAAAUGAUCUGUUUCAAAUUAUUUAUAAGAAAUCCUAG